UCGGAGACUAUUGCGGAGGAAGGAAACUGGCGAGAGGACCGGAAAAAGAAGGACAAACAUAAUAUAAUUGAACGACGGCGGCGACACAACAUAAACGAUAGAAUUAAAGAACUGGCAUCUCUCCUUCCGGACAGCGUGCCUCUCACCUUUAAGCAGAGCAAAGGAUCUAUUUUGAAAGAAUCUGUGGCGUACAUGAAGGAAUUAAUGACGAAAAGACACAAUUUGCAGAAGUUGAAGGAAGACCAAAAGACCAUGCAUUCGAAAUAUCAGAAACUGCUCAUCAGAAUUUUCCAAGUGGAAUUAAAGUUGAAACUGUAUCAUGGUUUGUCAGAAGAGUUCGACUACUCUAGGGCCAAAAGGAGGAAAAAGCCAAAGAAACGUUUAACCGAAAUUAAUGCGUUUGUAGAGGAUCUUGUUAAGCAAGGCAUGCCGAAAGUUCUUGAGCAAACACCAAAUAACUCAACACCUUUUUGCAAAAGAGCCAAAGACGGCGCUUGGCUGCCCAAUAGCAAACAGAAGUUCAUGCCACCUUCUAAGCUAAUCUUACAGCAGCAUUUCAAGAAUAAAACUGCUGAAGAAGGACAUUCUUAUGCACGAAGUGAUAACAGUAAAUCUAAUGAUGAAUUUACUGACCACGUUGAUCAACCGGAAAAGCAGAAAAAAGAACAAACUGCCCCUUUAUCUCAUUCAGCUGUUCAGAUCACAGAAAUAUCAAAAGAGCGAAAUGAUACAACUUCAUUUCCGUACGACAAAGCAGAUUCUGGUUUUAAGGACGAAGAAGGAGUUUUGGAAUUAUCGACAGAACAGUGCGACAUUUUGCUUGAUCUGUUUGAGAACAAUCAGAACAACAAUGAACUUAUAUUAAAUACGAAUUUCUCGCCAAAUCCGGUAACGUCUACCUGCAACAUGUUGGAAAGAUUGCUGAGAAGGCAGAACUCAACUUCCGUGUGCAGCUCUGCAUCGAGUGGAUUGGAGGAUUCAACCGAAAGCGUGACGGGCUUACGUUGA